AUGUCUGUCUCGUUUACGCGGUCCUUUCCUAGGGCCUUCAUAAGGUCAUAUGGCACCGUCCAGUCGUCGCCCACGGCCGCUUCCUUUGCGAGCAGAAUCCCCCCGGCUCUCCAGGAGGCUGUUGCAGCCACUGCCCCGCGCACCAAUUGGACUCGCGAUGAAGUCCAGCAGAUUUACGAGACCCCGUUGAAUCAAUUAACCUACGCUGCUGCCGCUGUCCACCGCCGCUUUCAUGACCCGUCCGCAAUCCAAAUGUGCACGUUGAUGAACAUCAAGACCGGUGGAUGCAGUGAAGAUUGCUCCUACUGUGCACAGUCUUCUCGGUACAGCACUGGCCUCAAGGCCACCAAAAUGAGCCCCGUCGACGACGUCCUCGAGAAGGCGAGGAUUGCCAAAGCGAACGGGAGCACGCGUUUCUGUAUGGGAGCGGCGUGGCGUGAUAUGCGGGGUCGUAAGACGAGUUUGAAGAAUGUCAAGCAGAUGGUAUCUGGCGUUCGGGAAAUGGGAAUGGAAGUCUGCGUCACACUAGGCAUGAUUGAUGCUGAUCAGGCUAAGGAGCUGAAAGAUGCCGGCCUGACAGCCUACAACCACAACCUCGAUACUUCGCGCGAAUUCUACCCCACAAUCAUCACAACCCGAUCGUACGACGAACGACUAAAGACCUUGUCUCAUGUCCGUGAUGCGGGCAUUAACGUCUGCUCUGGUGGUAUUCUAGGUCUUGGUGAGGCUGACUCUGACCGCAUCGGCCUCAUCCACACGGUUUCGUCACUUCCCUCGCACCCGGAGUCUUUUCCCGUCAACGCCUUGGUUCCAAUCAAGGGUACCCCGUUGGGUGACAGGAAAAUGAUCUCUUUCGAUAAGCUCCUCCGCACUGUCGCGACUGCACGGAUCGUCCUUCCCGCAACCAUCGUCCGCCUCGCCGCCGGCCGCAUUUCUCUCACAGAGGAGCAGCAGGUUGCCUGCUUCAUGGCUGGUGCAAACGCUGUCUUCACUGGAGAGAAGAUGUUGACUACUGACUGCAACGGCUGGGACGAGGACCGCGCCAUGUUUGACCGAUGGGGCUUCUACCCCAUGCGCAGCUUUGAGAAAGAGACUAACGCUGCCACCCCCCAGCAGCAUGUUGACUCUGUUGCUCACGAGUCCGAGAAGAACCCCGCUGCGCCGGCCGCAGAAGCCCUAUGA